GACAGGAACUCCUACUUUCUUUUUUUAAUCUGAACAUUUGUACUUUUCUCAUUGAAUAAUAUGUUUUAACAUACUUUGUGUAUUAGCAUUACAUUUUUUAAAUGAUAGGUAUCAAAUAAUUAUCUUUGCAGAAUCUCCUUCAAAAUUAACACUUAUUUUGUGGAAGUGGUCACUUAAGAUCCCUGGAAGGACCACCAAAGAAGUCAUUAAGGAUCAUUGGCAGGACCCUGAACACACGUUCACACAUCUCAUGUUACUGAGAUGGAAGUGGGAUUGGAAUCAAUACUGCUUUAUUCCCAAAGCAAUGUACAGCUAUUAUAAAAAGUAAACGUUACAGCUAAACUCAAACUGUCUACUACAGAGUAAGGAAAAUGUGUGCACAUAUGCACAAAAUGCAAUGCAGAUUAGACAUAAGCUGUCAUAGUUUAUAGUUGAUAUAUGAGACGUGCUGGAGAGUCUAGAAUGUGGAAAUUAGUAUGGUGAGAAGCAUUUAGUUAGCUAAUUAAGUAUCAUUAUAUAUAACUUAUGCUUUAGAUAAAGGAAGAAAACGUGUAUAUAUCUGGGCAAAAUUCAGUAGGAAUAAUGGCAUGUGCAGAGUCACUGUUUCUGGAAAUGGGUAUGACACUAGGAGAGGGAUUAAAUAAGUGAGCAUCAAUGCAUAUUUUUAUUCCUUAGCUCUGUGAGUUGACUUUCUUCAACACUCAGCAUUACUCUCAUAGUCCAUAGUAACCUUUAAAAAUUUCUUAAAAUAUUAUUUAAACAUAUCUAUUGAAGGAUGAUUUUAAAAAAUAUCCCCCACGGAGGGAGUAUAUGGAAAAAUUUUUGCUCAAUACAAAUGUGUAUACUAUAGAAAAAGUGAUUUUACAUGCCAUUCAAGGAUCUCUAAUACAAAAAAUAAAACUGAAAUUGGAUAGGCACAGUGAAUGAAAAAUCAUUACCUAGAUUUAUGCACUUUAGUUGAAUAAAUUCAUAAAAACAAAUCUUUGUAACUGAGCACCACUCCUGUAAUUAUCAAAACAAUCAUGCAAAUUUUGAGUUUCAGAGUUGAAGUCAUAGGAACUGACAUGUUAGGCUAAAAAAUGCUCCCAGAAGUUUGCGUGUUUGUAUCACAAGACAGUAGGAGAAGCUUGAAGAAGAAGCUCAUUCCUUGGUGGAAAAAGAAAAUUUUAAAAGGAAAGUUACAUAUACUCAAAUUACAAAUAAGUUUUAAAUUAUAGGUGGUUUACAAUAUUUCUACAAAUUCUAUUGUACAAUAUGGUGACAUAUUAUGAACAGUUUCCUGUGCUGUAAAAUAGGGUCCCAUUCCCAUAUAUCCCAAGUGUAACAAUUUGUACCCACCAACCACAUCCUCCCUGCCCAUCUUGUAUAACCAUAAUUCCUGCCUCAACAGACAAUGAAUGUAGAGAUGACUGGGGAUAACCAAUCCUUGACAGUAGAGUUUGUGCUCACAGGAUUUGCAGAUCACCCAGAAUUGAGAACCAUUCUGUUUCUCGUGUUCCUUGCAAUCUAUCUGAUCACCAUGGUGGGAAACCUUGGUCUGGUGGCAUUGAUAUGUACAGAGCGUCAUCUUCAAACCCCAAUGUACAUCUUUCUGGGCAACCUCGCUCUGAUGGAUUCCUGUUGUUCCUGUGCCGUCACCCCAAAGAUGCUAGAGAAUUUCUUUUCUAAGGACAGAAUCAUUUCCCUCUACGAAUGCAUGGCACAGUGGUAUUUCCUCUGCCUAGCUGAAACUGCAGACUGUUUUCUCUUGGCAGCAAUGGCCUUUGAUCGCUAUGUGGCCAUCUGCAACCCACUGAUGUACCACACCACGAUGUCAAAUAAACUCUGCAUUAAGAUGACCACAGGAGCCUUCAUAGCUGGUAACCUGCACUCCAUGAUUCAUGUAGGUUUUCUGUUUAGGUUAACUUUCUGUAGGUCUCAUCAAAUCAACCACUUCUUUUGUGAUAUUCUUCCAUUAUACAGACUCUCCUGUGUUGACCCUUAUCUCAAUGAAUUGAUGAUAUUUAUCUUUUCUGGGUCGAUUCAAACCUUGACUAUUACAAUAGUUAUAAUCUCAUACCUUUUCAUCCUCUUCACAAUUUUCACAAUGAAAUCCAACAAGGGAAGAGGCAAAGCCUUAUCUACUUGUGCGUCCCACUUUCUCUCUGUCUCAAUCUUCUAUGGAUCUCUUCUCUUCGUGUACAUUCGACCAAAUUCAGUUAACGAAGAAGACAAAGAUUUACCCCUUGCUAUUUUUUAUACUCUAGUUAUUCCCUUAGUAAAUCCUUUCAUUUACAGUCUGAGAAAUAAAGAAAUAAUCAAUGUCACGAAAAAAAUGAUUAAGAUGUCAUAACAUUCGGAAACAGAUAUCCCAGGUGAAAUGUUUUUAUAUAAAUACACAAUGAUUUUUAUUUUUCCAUUAUAUCCAGUUUACAACGUUUUGUCAAUUGUCUGCUGUAGAGCAUGGUGACCCAGUUACACAUAUAUGUAUACAUUCUUUUUUCUCACAUAAUCAUGCUCCAUCAUGAGUGCCUAGACAUACUUCCCAAUGCUAGACACCUGAUUUUAAUUUGAUAAAACUUUAUUUUCCAAGUUAAAGAAUACUGACAAUGUAGAAAAUGGCCAAUUUUUAUAAAAUGUUGUAUUACUAAAACAUGAUAGUCUAUAACUCAAAUACAUCAUUUCAGCUGGAGAGAUUUUGACAGAAUGUAUUCCAAAAUUAAAUUUACUAGGUUCCAUCAGGGGUGAAGUAAAAAUUACUGCUGGAGUUCCCAUCAUGCCUCAAUUGUUAAUGAACCUGACUGGUAUCCAUGAGGCUGUGGGUUCAA